GUUGAACAUCGACUGUGCACGUUAUGCGUGGAUGCACUAAGCCUUACCUCAGGCACCUCACCUGGCCACCAUGGCACUGAGGAUUCGAUACCCGGCCAAUUUCGCUUUGUACCGACGACGACUUCAACCCUGUUCCACGCCGCCACGUUCUGUCUCGUCUCGUCCCGCCUAAACUUGCUCUCUUGCUCCUCUUGCUGCGAAUAAGAUUUGUCAACGCUGUCGGGCUGAGCCACCAGUCGUGCGUAGCCCUACCUUUGCUUCGUCUCAGGAGCUUCUUGCCGUUUCAACCCCGCCCCGAGAUGGGCCAUUGGAAAGCCGCUCCGACCUCGCCAACGUCAUAUCGCGCAUCCCCAUCGCCGCUAUAACCAACCGCAUGUCCAGGAGAACUCCCGCGAGAUGCCGCACGGCCGGAAGGCCAAGCCUGAAACAUCGACCCAAAUCUCUCGGAGACGCGUUUAACCCCGUAGGGGCAAACAAAACAUCACAGCCGCCGGCCUGCCAUGAUCUCGUCGAAAGCUGGUUAGAGCAUAUCGCAGGCCAGGAUCGUCGCCCAGGAGAGGUGAUAGGUCGCUCUCCCUCGCCCGAGUCGCGUCAUGCGGCAUCCCCGUACGAUAGACGCUCUAGACAUGCAGAGCCGAGAUGGAGCUCUCGACACGCCUUUCCCAUCCGUGACCUUCGUCAAUCUAGAUCUCCAAUACGGGGGUCGUGUUUAGGGAAUCCUGGAAACCGUACGCGCAGGCGGCCUGCUCCCAGCGACAGCUCGUUCAUUAGUGGUUUCGAAAAUUACUCACAGCCUCCUCCCCGCGGUCCUGGACCUGCCCAACGAAGCUAUGGAAACAUUUCGCCAGCCGGGCAACUAGGCGACUCGGGCCUAGACGCUUCGUCCGUCGCGUCACCUGUAGACAACGCCGAGAACUUCGAAAAGAGGCCAAGGCGCAAAACAAGAGAGGACAGGUAUGAAUUGGGGAAGGGAAGGAAGCGACGGCGUCGUGAACGGGAGAGUGCCAAAGGCCGCGACGACUGCCGAGGGAAAAGGCGCAAACGGUCCCAGAAGAAACAGAUGAUGUCCAGUAAGGAUGUAGUGAAGAACUUUACCUCUGAUGCCGUUCUCCACGACCGUAUCACAGUUCCGCCGCACCUUAAACCUGGUCUUUUCGAAAAUGGGCGGACGUCCAAGAAACAACCCCUGUCCGAUCUAGCUUUCUCUGGAAUGCAGUUUCUCAAGCACCCAGAAGGAAACCUGCGGCUGAAAUCGUUAUCAAGAUCUCGCUUGCAGGAAAAACGGAGGGAGGGUCGUGAAAUGGAACAAGUUUCUUCCUUUUUCCUACCACUUAGAGCCACCGAAAAUACUCGCCGGCCGCGGUCUCGCGAGCAUGACACCCCCGGUGGUUCCUCAAGCCCCCAAUGCCAGCCCAUGCACUACAAGUGUCAUUAUAGUCCAUCGUCUUCUGACCGGCGGGAGACUUUUGAACGCCAUCACCCUCUCCAGGCCUAUCGCGACCAGUCCAUGGGCGCCCCUAGCUUGCGCUCUCGUCGAUCCAUUGACGGAGAGAAAACGUCGCGCCGAAAUACCACUUGUUUUACAUGGUCCAACAGUCGCAGAACGCCCCUAGAGAACGAAGACGAGCUAAGUUCGCGACAAUCGGAUUCGGCGUGGACAACAACCCCCGAACCAAUCAGAAAGGAUAUAAUAGCGACAGGCAUAUACCAGAACACCGGAAUCCCCUUAUAUGAUGGCCGGCUAGGUGGGAGAGGUACAGGAAGAAUGGAUACCGACAAUAAAAAGCCCGACACUUAUUUGACAGGGCAAGGAGGUGGCCGACGUCAACCAGACAACACGCCCCAUAGCUAUCCAAAGGUGAAGUACAAAGAUCAAGCCGUAAUGACCGACGACCGUUUGAAACACAUGGAGCAGGCUAAGGAGCGGAUUCAUUCUCCCGAACGCGGACUUGAACGUGAAGUUCUAUCUUCGCCCGGGUUUCGUACCACGAAGGAAAGCCAGGUAGCUAGGAACCGAGAUGGCUCGAACCUACAAUCACCUCACAUUAAUCAAGAAGUUGGCGGCUUGCGUCUUGUUGGGGAAGUCCACGCUAGACCCGUGGUAGUCGGCAGCCCGAAGCGCAGUGCUCAGGUCCAGAACAAGCCAAGCGUCGAAGCCAUUGUUGGGUGUCAAGGUCGCGCAGAAGUGUCAAAGGAGCCGGCCGCGAACCCGGUGAUACCGGACCAAGAGCUGGAUGAGCGCAUCUCAGUAGCAUCCAAAGACGCAAUGCCACCUCCUCCGGUCCCACCAGGUAGAAACAACUCGGUCGCGACGGCUCGUGGAAACGGAGGAGAAACUGGUCAGUGCAGCCAAAAUCGUCAUUCAGCUAACGCGACAUUGAAAGUCCAGUCAGCUCCUGAUGGAGUGGGUCACGAUAAUACAGCGCAAUAUGACCAGGAAACAGAUCAAGAUUGUAACACGGAUGCUCCCGUAUCCGAACGUGCCAAUGCUACCAAACAAACACUGCCGUCCCUCAGCACCGCCUCAUGGAUACCCCACAGAACACCAUCAGCGCAGAUAAUGGAAAUGCGAAGACUCCCGUCCGGGCAGGGUGUGAAAUCGCCAAUCCACGUAGAUCAACUAGAAGAAAAGUUAAGCGAAAUCUCACGAGGGAGAGCGACGUCAUCAACCCCACUGGCUUCUCAGUGUAUGACUGAAUCCAGUGCCAGGUUGGGAGGUGAGUCGCCGUCACGGUCUCCUCCGAGCGAUUACGAGCCCCCUCGCUCGGAAUCACGCUCGGACAAAGCAGCGUUGGAUUGCCAUUCCAUUUAUGGGACGCCCAACGAUCAACGCCCGGCGUAUGGGAUGGACGAGGAGACGGCGCCUAGCUCUAUACGCGACCUACAUAUUGAGCACCCCGGUUUGCGAGGCUGGGGGGCGAGCCAUCGACGUACGGGACACGUUCGCACCAAUGCCUGCUGCCAUAAGUUUGAGACAAGCACUCCUGGGGUCGGCAUGAUGCGACUGCCGGAGGACCCCGAAGAAGAGCGCAGUGAGAUGUUGAGCUUCUGGCGUCCGAAUCGAUUCUUGCGAUUCUAACAUAAUUAUACAUGGUACUAAAUUACCUAGGUAGCGGAUGCUGAGAUAGAUAUGUAUAUGUGGUGACCUCUAGGAUUGUCUUGUUUUCAUUUAGGUAUUUAACGAAAGGUGACAAAUGUCUAGGAAGAGACUAGGCUUAAAGCCGCGACCCGUUAAGCUCGGGGAAAACGGCAGAGUAACGAUCAUGGGGCGGAUGUCACACUUCGAUACUAGCCCCGGAGACACCGGUGCCUCCCGUCUGAAU